AGCAAUGUUUCCAUUACGGAACGACAUAUUAAUGGGUUUUUCUUUGUGUUUGAAAACAGGAUACGGAAGCGUGUCGCCCAGGACGUCUUGGGGCAAACUGGUGACCAUAAUUUACGCUCUCGUCGGCAUUCCGCUGAUGCUGGUAUACCUCACGACUACCGGGGACGUCCUGGCCAGGAGCUUCCGGAGGCUUUACGGGAAAUUAUGCGGCAGCCCGCAGAAGCCCCAAUGUCCCUGCAAUACGAGGGUUCGCGUCCCGGUCACCCUCUGCUUAGUGAUGGUCCUGGCCUACAUCUGUUCCGGGGCGUUGCUCUUCCAUCGCCUGGAAAACUGGAGCCUUCUCGAAGGAAGCUAUUUCUGUUUCACGUCACUAGGUACAAUAGGUUUUGGAGAUCUUUUACCGGGGCAACAAACCGAAGAGAUUUCGCUAUGUGCUUGCUCCGCCUAUAUCCUGACCGGUAUGGCUUUGGUGGCGAUGUGCUUCAGUCUAGUGCAAGAUGAGGUUUUGGGAUUGCUACGAUUGGUGGGAGCCUCGUGCUCUCGCAGCGAUUCCUUCAGAGACGAAGAGAACGUCCCGGCGGUUUCCUGACAAAGGCCCAAAACCGAAGGAGCCGCUCCCAUCAAGACUCCUCCGGUCAUCAAGAAACUACCCCCAGUGCUGCACCACAACAGUUUACCGCGCAAAAGCAAUUUCCAAAGGAACGCUCCGACUCGAAGAUCGGCAGUUUUAGGUGCUGAACCAUUGAUAGAAUACUUCGUACCGCGCAGCGUCAGCGAAUUCGACUUGUCCAUGGCGUGCGACGUGCAGAACAUGUUACCACUAACUGUGAGGGUCCCGAGGAAACCGGCGCCGAAGCCGAGGGAGAAGAUGGUCACGUUCGAAGACGAGAUGAGCGAAGCUAAAGGAAGAAACCAGGAGCUUCAGGACGUGUUCAUGUGACAGCAGGGAUAGCAGUCGGACAAGGACCUCGUCGGGGAGGUCAAGAAGGAGCUGCGCAAGAACUUCAAGCUGUGCGAGGAACUGAAGAAGUGCGAGGAGGAUUGCUCAUGCAACGCGGAGGCCGACUGCGAUAUCUGCAAAGUCAUCGAUUUCACCAUGAAGAAAGAGAAGUUGUAAAAAAAAAUAUAUAAUAUAAAUUAAUUAAUUACUUAACAAAAUAAGACAAACUCUGUACAUAAAGGCAUUCCGAAGAAGCAUAACCAUUAACCGAUAAUUACUAUCUAAAAAUAUACUAGUCGAAUAGCUUAUAUAUAUAUAUAAUACCAUUAUACUUAUACAUAUAGUUAGCAUAACUUCCUUAACUCUUAAGUGUACAAAAGAUAUGAAUUAAUAUUAUAUACAUGCAAACGUAUUACGAAAUAAAAUAACCUUGUAUUC